AGGCGGCCGCAGCUUCCUCUCCCAAAGAGUGCCGCCAUGUCGGAAGGCGAGAAGCUCAAUUUGGAUUCCAUUAUCGGACGCCUCCUGGAAGUGCAAAGUUCACGCCCAGGCAAGAAUGUGCAGCUGACUGAAAAUGAGAUUCGGGGCCUAUGCCUGAAGUCACAAGAAAUCUUCCUGAGCCAGCCCAUCUUGCUGGAGCUGGAAGCCCCACUCAACAUUUGUGGAGACAUCCAUGGUCAGUACUAUGACUUACUUCGACUCUUUGAAUAUGGGGGCUUCCCCCCACAAAGCAACUACCUCCUCCUGGAUGACUAUGUGGACCGGGGGAAGCAGUUGCGGGAGACAAUCUGCCUGCUGUUGGUCUAUAAGAUUAAAUACCCUGAGAACUUCUUUCUUCUGCGUGGGAACCACGAGUGUGCAAGCAUCAACCGCAUCUAUGGCUUUUAUGAUGAACGUAAAAGGCGCUACAGCAGCUUCAACUGCCUGCCCAUUGCUGCCAUAGUCGAGGAGAAGAUCUUUUGCUGCCAUGGAGGACUCUCUCCCGGCCUUCAGUCCAUGGAACAGAUUCGGCGGCUCCUGAGGCCCACAGACGUGCCUGAUCAGGGACUUCUCUGCGACUUGCUCUGGUCUGAUCCUGACAAAGAUGUCCAGGGCUGGGGCGAGAAUGACCAUGGUGUCUCCUUCACCUUUGGCUCAGAAGCUGUUGCCAAGUUUCUGCACAAACACGAUCUGGACUUGAUCUGCCGGGCGCAUCGGGUAGUAGAGGACGGAUACGAGUUUUUUGCCAAACGGCAGCUGGUUACAUUCUCUUCCACUCCAAACUACUGCAGUGAGUUUGAUAAUGCAGGUGCAAUGAUGAGCGUUGAUGAGACCCUCAUGUGCUCCUUCCAGAUCUUGAAGCCGGCUGACAAGAACAAGGGCAAGUACGGCCAGUUCAGUGGCCUGAACCCCGGUGGGCGCCCGGUCACUCCUCCACUCAACUCGGCCAAAGCCAAGAAGUAGCUAGCCCUGCCUGUUCCCCGAGC